AUGAAGGCCACAACCUGUAAUGGAUCAGUGGGUGGCACACAUGUCUUCUACCUGGUGGGCAUCCCCUUUCUGCCAAAGUCCUUCUUCCUCCCUGUGUUUUUUACUUUCCUUCUUUUCUACAUGCUCAUCAUUAUGGGCAAUGCCCUAAUCCUGGGGGCUGUGGUGGCAGAACCCAGCCUCCAUAAGCCCAUGUAUUUCUUUCUGAUCAAUCUCUCUGCCCUGGACAUCCUUUUUACCACAACCACCGUCCCAAAGAUGCUGUCCCUAUUCCUGCUUGGGGAUCACUUCCUCAGCUUCCAUUCCUGCUUAUUACAGAUGUACCUCUUCCAAAGCUUUACGUGCUCAGAAGCCUUCAUCCUGGUGGUCAUGGCCUAUGACCGUUAUGUGGCCAUCUGCCGCCCACUGCACUAUCCUGUCCACAUGACACCACAGACCAACGCUGCAUUGGCGGCCAGUGCCUGGCUCACUGCCCUCCUCCUGCCCAUCCCAGCAGUGGUACAGACCUCCCAGAUGGCAUAUAACAGCAUUGCCUACAUCUACCACUGCUUCUGUGACCACUUGGCUCUGGUCCAGGCCUCCUGCUCCGACACCACACCCCAGACCCUCAUGGGCUUCUGCAUUGCCAUGGUGGUGUCCUUCCUCCCCCUGUUCCUGGUGCUUCUCUCCUAUGCCCACAUCCUGGCCUCGGUUCUUCGCAUCAGCUCCCGAGAAGGCCGUUCAAAAGCCUUCUCCACCUGCAGCUCCCACCUGCUGGUGGUGGGCACCUACUACUCAUCCAUUGCCAUAGCCUAUGUGGCCUACAGAGCUGAGCUGCCCCUCGACUUCCACAUCAUGGGUAAUGUGGCAUAUGCUAUCCUCACACCAAUCCUCAACCCUCUCAUCUACACACUGAGGAACAAGGAUGUCAAGGCAGCCAUCACCAAAAUUAUGUCUCAAGACCCGGGCUAUGACAGGAACAUCUGA